AUGAUGCAGACGGGACGGAGCCAACAGCUGUUUGAGUGUGAGGGAAUUACCCAGCCAAUCUGGCAACCCCGCCUUCGGAACAGAUGGGGAGGCUGGCAAGGCAGCAUGGUGGUGCAGCUGCUGGAGCUGUCACAUCACAACAGGAAGGUCGCAGAGGUAGGGAAGCUGUUACAAGUACAGAAUGGGACACCUCCAGUGACCAACUACAACGGGGUCGAUGCUGUGCAUGCCUGUAACAUCCUUCAGCAGCUCAAAGCUUUGUACGAUGAAGCACAGCUCACAGACAUUGUUGUAGAAGUGGAUCAUGGCAAGACCUUUCCAUGUCACCGAAACGUCCUCGCAGCAAUCAGUCCAUACUUUAGGUCCAUGUUCACCAGCGGCCUUACAGAGAGCAGUCAGCGUAAGGUCAGGAUUGUUGGGGUGGAAUCCGAGUCCAUGCAUCUGGUUCUAGACUAUGCCUACACGUCCAAAAUCACACUCUCUGAGUCCAAUGUCCAGGCCCUGUUCACGGCAGCCAGCAUUUUCCAGAUUCCUGCUCUGCAGGAUCAGUGUGCCCAGUUCAUGAUCAGUCGGCUUGACCCACAGAACUGCAUAGGCGUCUUUAUGUUCGCAGAUGCUUAUGGGCAUCAAGAACUAAGGGAACGCUCACAGGAUUACAUUCGCAAGAAGUUCUUGUGUGUAUCGAGGGAGCAAGAGUUCCUCCAGAUGACCAAGGAGCAGUUGGUCAGCAUUUUGAACAGCGAUGACCUAAAUGUGGAAAAGGAAGAGCAUGUCUUUGAGAGUAUUGUCCGCUGGCUUGAGCAUGAUCGACUUGGCCGUGAGGUCAACCUUGCGGAGGUUUUUUCUCAGUGCAUUCGUCUGCCUUUGUUGGAUGAGGCCUUUCUCAGUCGGAUACCUGCCCCAUUUGCCUGUGCCCUGUCCCUUUCUAAAGAUCCUGCUGAAGUCAAAGCUCGCCUCACUGGCACAAACGGUUGCCCACAGCGCCUGGGUAUGACUGCUUCUGAGAUGGUGAUCUGCUUUGAUGCUGCUCAUAAACACUCAGGUAAGAAGCAGACAGUGCCUUGCCUGGACACGGCCGCAGGAAAAGUGUUCAAGCUUUGCAAACCACCUAACGAUCUCCGAGAGGUCGGCAUCUUGGUGUCCUCAGAGAACGACAUCUAUAUAGCUGGGGGCUAUCGACCAAGCAAUAGUGAGGUGUGCAUUGACCAUCGAGCAGAAAGUGACUUCUGGCAGUACGAGCACGCAGGCAACCGAUGGCUUCCACGUGCGUCUCUGCUGAGAGCAAGAAUAGGAUGCAGACUUGUGCACUGUUGUGGGAAGCUGUAUUCACUAGGAGGUCGAGUUUAUGAAGGGGACGGACGAAAUGCUUUGAAAUCAGUAGAGUGUUAUGAUGCCAGGGACAACUGUUGGACAGCAGUCAGUCCUAUGCCGGUUGCCAUGGAGUUUCAUAGUGCUUUGGAGUAUAAAGACCGCAUCUACGUCCUCCAGGGUGAAUAUUUUUUCUGCUAUGAUCCCCGUAAAGACUAUUGGAGUCAUCUAGCCCCGAUGAGUGUCCCUCGGAGUCAAGGUCUGGCUGCCUUGUAUAAAAACUGCAUCUACUACAUUGCUGGCAUCUGCAGGAACCACCAGCGCACUUUUACCGUGGAGGUCUAUGACAUUGAGAGGAACACGUGGAGCCGGAAGAGAGAUCUGCCCUUUGACCAAGCCACGAGCCCAUACAUCAAGGCCAUGCUGCUGCAAGGCAAGCUGCACCUGUUUGUACGUGCCACACAGGUCAUGGUGGAGGAGCACGUGUUUCGCACCAGCCGGAAGAACUCCCUUUACCAGUACGACGACGAGGCGGACGUGUGGACCAAAGUCUACGAGACCCCUGAUCGUCUCUGGGAUUUGGGUCGCCAUUUUGAAUGUGUGGUGGCCAAACUUUACCCACAAUGUCUACAAAAAGUGCUUUGAGCAAAGUGAUUUUGUGAACCC